AUGUCCCUUCACCGCCUUGGUGAAAGUGCCUCCUUAGCACUGGGCGUUACGCUCUCGCCUACUCCUAUUCGGCUACUCCCCGAGAGUUCCGCCGCCUUGGCAAACUUUAUCGAGAAGCGCUCAGAGUUCAAUGGGGUCCCCGAAAACUCGUCGUGGGUCUCUGCCCCUCCGACUUCUCCUCGAAAACAGUUGGUAGAGCAAAUUCAUCCCAUAUCCGAGGAGGUCAAGACAUAUCGGGAUAGAUGGAUCGAGAAGAGAAGCUAUCCAACCCAAGAGGAAAGAGUGUCCCUGAUCGAGGAAGUUGCCUCGCACUUCACAAGAACAUACAUCUUUGUUGAUGCUCUGGAUGAAUGUCCCGAACAGAACCGCAACGAAUUCCUCCAUAUGCUCCAAAUGCUGGAACCUUCCGUUCAUCUAUUCAUAACCUCUCGUCCAAAUCUCGAGCUUCAUUCAACGUUUCCUCACCUGUCUCACAUUGAAAUUGUCGCCAGCCAUUCCGACAUUCAGGUAUAUUUAGAGUCUGAAAUCAGUACCAACAACAGAAUGUCGCGGCUCAUCGCUAGAGAUACUACUCUGAAAGCAGAGAUCAUCGAUAUAAUCAUCAAGAAAGCCGAGGGAAUGUUCUUGGUAGCACAUUUCCAGGUAGCGUACAUCUGUCAAAUGGCAAGCCCGAAGAAAGUACGCCAAUGUCUCAACACUCUCUCAACUAAGAUAUACGACUUCUACGAGAAGGCCUUGACGCGAAUCGAAGAUUAUUUCGAAGAAGACAGGCAGCUGGUCAAGAAAGCACUUGCCUACAUAUUCUGCGCCCAAAGACCUCUAACCCUGGAAAAACUCCGUCAUGCGCUGGGUAUUGAAACAGAAGACACCGAGCUUGAUGAGAGUGCGCUUCCGGAAAUGGAGAUUCUAUUGAGCAUAUCCGUUGGUCUCAUCCAUUUGCCACUUGAGCUGCCAGGCUGA